AACUCAUGUAUGCCCACGGAUUGUGUUUCCCCAAAAGGACCCAUCAGGUAGUUCUUCGUCCUUGUGCGCCUUGGUAUUCAACUGACAUUAGUGUUCAAAAGAACAUAAGGAGGAAGCUCGAACGUAACUGGCGACGUACAAGAUUACCUGCAGAUAGAGAACGGUAUGUGUUUCAGAACAGUGUUGUUAAUGGCAUGAUUGCCUACGCGAAGCACACAUUUUAUUCAUCAGUGAUCCAGGAAAACUCAAGGAACUCUGGACUUCUUUUUAAGACAAUAGAGAAGCUUCUGCACUCCAAUCCAGUCCAGCGUUAUCCAUCUGGGCCUAAUAACUGUUCUCUGUCCCAGUCAUUUGUUGAAUAUUUUAGUGACAAAAUUGUUAAAAUCCGCAAUGAUCUUGACAAAGUUGAUAGAACUCUGAAUGACGGUCAAGUUACUUCAUGCAAUGCUGAGUCUGAAAGCUGUCUAGCUGGUCAGCUGCUAAGUGAAUUUAAACUUGUCUCUGAGGAGGUCGUAUCUGGUUUUGUGAAUCACCUGUGUUCAAAGUCCUGUAAACUUGAUCCAAUUUCAUCUUCAGUGUUCAAAGGGUGCUGUCAUUAUCUGCUUCCAAUGAUCACUUGUAUAGUUAACUUGUCUCUUACAAGUAGCCAAGUACCUGAUAGAUUCGAGGUUGCCAUGUUGAAGCCAUUGUUGAAAAAGAGUGGAGCUGAUCAUGAACUAUUUUCUAACUUUCGUCCUGUCUCGAAUUUAUAUUUUCUAUCCAAAGCUACGGAGAAAGCAGUUGCAGCACAAUUAAUGGACCACCUUAAUGAUAAUAAAGGCUUAUUAGAAGAAUUUCAGUCUACAUAUAAAUCUCAUCACAGUACAGAGACUGCGCUUGUGAGAGUUCAAAAUGAUAUUUGAUAAGGCUAUUGACAAUAACAGAUCGGUUAUAUUACUAUUGCUCGAUUUAUUGGCUGCGUUUGAUACUGUCGAUCAUUCGAUUUUGUUAUCUAGACUACAGAAUCGCUUUGGUAUUAGGAACACUGCUCUUAAUAGGUUUCAUUC